AUGGCUGCCAUGGACGAAAUCAGAGUCGAGCAGAAUCCGGCUGCGACCAAUCCUCCUGCCGGAGCGGACCCCGAAGACUUCAAACCAGAACAUGUGAAUAUCCUGGGCAGCAUUCAACUGCGACACCCGGUGACCAACGACAUCAUCCUAAUACCCACACCGUCAAACGACCCCAAUGAUCCUCUUAACUGGUCAAGGGGCUAUCGAAUCUACCUGGCCGUGAUAUCCUGCGCUUCAAUCUUCCUUGCCCAGCUUCUGGCUGCUGGACCCAGCGUCGCAAUGACAACAAUGAUCCAAGAUCUUUUCGGCAUCAUGCCCACUGAUCCAGAGUUUUCGUCCGCACUAUCCAAGAUGGCGUAUUGUUUCACUGGCUGCGCAUUUGUGCAGGGAAUGUCGAACCUGGUCUACAUGCCGCUCAUUAUUAAAUAUGGCCGGCGACCGGUUUAUAUACUGUCAUUCAUCGUAUAUGGAGGGUGCUCGCUCUGGGCUGGUCUUGCUCGAAGCUACCCCAGUGCGUUGGCUGCUCGCCUCGUCCUCGGAUUUGCCGGGGGAUCGGCGGAAUGCCUCGCACCGCUUACCAUUGCGGACACCUUUUUCCUUCAUGAACGUGGACUGAUCAUGAGUUACUACUCCGCCGCCCUAUCCUGUGGUGUUGGUGGGGGCAUUGUGCUCUCUGGGUUGAUCACCAUCAACAACAGCUGGCGGGUCAUAUACUAUAUGGCGACGGGCCUAAUCUGGGGAUUAGUAACCUUGAUCACCUUCACGAUGCCAGAGACAGCAUAUAACAGGGCCCAGAGCGUUGAUGAUCAAAACGACCUUGGUGCAAACGAUGACGGUACCGACAAAGCCCAGGCGGUGCACCUAGAAUCAAGGAUCCCUAUGAAAAAAACAUACCGCGAGCAGAUGAGGCUGAUCAAUCCGCCCUUGACAAACGAGUCCCUUCUAGCAAUGUUCUGGCGCCCAAUUCCCCUGCUCUUUCUCCCAUCUGUUCUUUGGGGUACUCUGUCAAUGUCCGUUGUUAUCGGCACAUUCGUCGCUAUUAGCUCGAAUUAUGCAACGGCAUUCUCAACCACCUACGGCUUUUCAACAUGGCAGUGUGGCAUGACUUACUCGGGUGUUCUGGUGGGUGCCCUGGUUGCCAUCUACGGCGGUGGCUGGCUCUCGGACAAGGUGGCAGAUCUGUUCACCAUUCGAAGCGGUGGCAUUCGUGAGCCCGAGAUGCGCUUGCCGACCGUUACCAUCUCCCUGAUCCUCGGCCCGUUAGGGUUGCUACUGUACGGGGCCGGGAUAGCAAAGGCAAUGCACUGGAUUGUCCCCAUUGUGGGCCUGGGUCUUUUCGGCUUUGUUAUCACACAAGUCAGCAAUAUUGCCAUUGUUUACGCAGUGGAUGCCCACAGGCCUAUCGCUGGAGAGGUCGUGGUUUCGGAACUGAGUUUCAAAGCCGCCUUUGGAUUUGUGCUUUCGUUCUAUACCAACCCGUGGAUAGAGUCAGCCGGUUACAUCAACGCUUUCGGGGCCUUGGCGGGAAUCUGUGCCGCUAUUUUGGUCCUGUGGAUACCAUUGUAUAUUUGGGGGAAGGAGAUUCGUGUCUGGAGUCUUGGACUGCGGGUCCUGAAGGGAGUCCACUGGGGUGCAGAUCGGGAGGUUGGCGAGUGA